AUGUCGGGGAGCGAUGAUGUACUGUGCGUGGCGCUGCUGUUCUGCGCCACGUUUGGUGUUGGAUCCAUGAGCUUUGGCUCCAUCUUUGCGGCCGCAGGUCCCGUGCUGGCCGCUAUGGGCGUUUACUUCAUCUCGGCCUGCAACCUCCACGCAAGUGUCGCGAUUAGCAAGUCUCUGAUGGUGGCGCCAGUGAACGUGCGAACCUUCAGCGAUCUUGGCUAUUUCGCCUUUGGAGAAACCGGACGCCGCGUCGUACUGCUGUCCGAGUGGGGCGCGUGUUUUCUGAGCCCCAUUGCCUUCUUCAUUCUCGGCGGUACCACUUUGUUGCCGUGUAUUUUUGACGGUACCGUCGCGGGGGAACAAUGGAGCCCCACGCACUGGAUCCUUGUCAUGAGCCUCGGUGUGAUGCCCGUGAUCUUGAUCCCGACUCUGAAAGCUGCCGCUCCAUUAGCCUACAUGGGCGGCCUCGUGGCUGUGCUGGCCGACGUCAUUUGUAUCGGCUAUAGUCUCCAAAACAUCCAGCCGUCGCCACGAGAGACGCAGAUUCAGACUGACAACGCCAUUCAGACGUUCGGCACCAUAAUGUUCGCCACGGGCACCGCCAUUAUGAUUCCGCCCAUCCAGCGACAACACACGGAUCCAGCUCGGUUAGCUAACUUAGUGUCGCUCACUCUGCUCUUCAUCACGUCCAUCUACAUGCUCAUCGGGGUCGUGACCUACUACCAGUUUGGUUGCACCGCACCCACGACUCUGUUGGACCAGAUACCCCAAGCAAACUCAGCACGGAAGGCUGCCUCCGCGUUAAUGCUGGCCCACGUUACUAUCGCAUUUCCAUUGCUACUCAACCCCACGCUGUACGACAUGGAGCGCUACAUCCUCGGCAAAGACGCAGACCACGAGGUGCUUCAGCAAACGCUAAGCCUACGCGCCGCCAAAGCCGCUACGUCGAAACAGAGCCAGCCGAUUCUCGCCAACACAGGAGCUGUCAGCACGCUUGCGCCACCCAAGACGAUACCCGAAGAUGAAGGUUUUUUGUAUGGCAACAGCACGCCGUACUUCCAAGCGACGUCACCACCGCCAAGCGAUAAUGGCGACCACGCAUACGCUGGCGACGCCUACACAGCGUCCGACCGGUUGUGCAGUGGACUGAUUCGAACGAUCACGGUGUGGUCGCAGGCCUUCCUCGCCAUCAUGUUUCAGUCUUCUUUCACAGAUAUCUUGAGUUUGAUCGGGGCCACAGCCGUCACCGUCUCGUGUAUGAUCAUGCCCUGCUUGUGCUACCUCCGCGUACACCCGAUCGCUACGCACACGCUCCGAGGCAAAUGUGAUCGCUUGGUGUGCCACUUGACGAUCAUCAGCAGCAUUGUGCUCGGCAUCUACUGUGCUCUCAUCGCGAUCGGCAACAUUAGUCGUGACUUGCAGCACUUCCGUCUGUUCCGGGCCGCCGAAACGGCCACGACCUCGAACACCACGCUAGUUGAUGAGUAUCCUUACUGCCACGAGGGCGAGCGGAACUAA